GUUGAUUUUUAUUUGUUCUUUUUAUGCGUAUAUAAUCCUUUUUUUUUUCUAUUAUCAUUAUUAUGUCUAUUUCAUCUACAAAGCUUUCAUCUAUUAAAUUAUUUGGAUUACCUUACUUACAAUGGAAAGAAAAUGUACACAAUAAAUCACAACCUAUAUACAAUAAUAUUGAUACUUGUUUAAAUAAGUUUGAAGAAGCUUUGCAUGCAUAUGACUUAGAUUUUGAUAUGGAAUGGCUUCAUCUUCUACCUCUCUGUUUAUCCUAUAAGCAAAACAUAUGGCUAAACAAACUUGUUAAAUUAAAAGGAUUAUCUAUAACUUGGGAAAUAUUUAAAGAAGCGUUUAAAGAGCAUUAUCAACCCACUGCUUCUAAAAAGAAAGGUAAUCAUGUUGAUAGAAAAAGAUCUCCAGCUAAAAGGGAAUUGUUCGACAUCAUAAAAAGAGAUACAGAACCAAUGGAUAAAUUUAUUGAUCGUUUUAGACUUAUUGCUAUAAAUUCAAAGAUUCGAGACCAGGACAUUCUUAUAACGUGUUUUAAAAGUGCUCUACCAGCUGACAAACAAAAAAAACUAAAUAAAGCGGUGACCGUUGGUAAUUUAAAUCAACAGCACAGUAUCGCUUUCCUAUGUGAGACAGCCAAUCUUCUUGAUAGAUAUGAACGUAAAAUUUUCCCAACCUAUGAUCCUGAACGUAACUUUCUUACAAACACUUUUUUUUUUGACUUAUCAAUUCCUACUGUCAAGAAGAAACAUAAGUUAAUUGAAGAAACUCUAUUUAUUGAUGAUGAACAGCAACAGCCGCCGAAUAAAAAAAUAAAAAAUUCAAAGAGAAACGCCAACGAACCGAGUGGUGUCUAUUAUUGCUCUCUUCAUCAUGUUGAUACACAUAAUACUGAAGAUUGUCGAGCAAUGAAAUCUUUUACUAUUCUUUAAUCAAAAAUGAAUUGGGUCAAAAUUCCAGCACACUAACUUGGAAAACUUCUAAUAACAACAGUCCUUCACCAAUAGACUGUGUAUUUAUAUAAAUAAAUAAAACAUAAAAAUACUAUUUUAAGAGAGAGAGAGAAACAUUGAAUUAUUAGAAGCUUG